AACCUCCUGGCAGCCCUAAUAUAAGUACUAUUCCGGCCGCCAUUUUCUCUCUUCUUCUCCCGCCCUUUGUCUCUCUCUCUAAAUCAAGAGUUUUCAGCGAAGGGAGAGAGAGAAGGUAACCCCAACUCUGAAUCAUCGCAUCAAUGUCUGCUAAAUGGCGAGCUCUGCAGCAUCGCCACCGCUAUACUUACAGUGCAAUUGUUUUCCCUCACUCCUUCGUUGAUUCUCUCAAUUCCUUCCAAUCCUCUUCUAAAUUCUUCACUGAAUUACUCCAACUUGUAUCCUUGAACUCCGUUUACGCCCAAGUGAAUCACGCCAAGAAAGUCGCUUCCGCUUUCUCCGAGUUACUAGCCAAUGGAGACGAGGAUUCCGUGUCCAAAGCCGCGCGGUUUUACUUGGAGGUUUUGUUCUGUGAGAAUUCCCAGCCUUUGCAUCGAACCCUUGUCUCCACUUUGGCCAAAAGCCGUAAAUUUCAGGAUUCUCUGGGAGAGUGUUUCAGGAAUCUCUGUGAGGAGCACAGUGGGCUGCAACAAGGUGGAGAGAAGCGGUUCUGCGUGUCGAGGGUGGCUUUAUCGGUAAUGGGUAUGCCCAAAUUGGGAUAUUUAGUGGAUGUUAUUAAAGAUUGUGCCAUUUUGGUUGCUCGGGAUAUUGUCUCUAGCUUGGACUCUGUGGUUAAGGAAACCAAUGAGUCCGCUAGGCCUUCUCCAAUUAUUAUGGAGCAGUGUCAAGAGGCUUUGUCUUGCUUGUAUUACUUGCUUCAGCGAUUUCCCUCCAAGUUCCAGGAAGAUUCUAGUGUUAUGGGGAUGAUUGUGAGUACCAUUUUAAGCAUUCUAAAAUCCUUGGCUUUUUCCAGGGAUUGUUAUGUGGCAGCUGGCGUGAGUUUCUGUGCUUCUCUGCAAGUUUGCCUCAACUCAGCAGAACUUGGGGUGCUCAUCUUUUAUGGAAUUUUUGAACAAACUAACCACAUUUCAUUUUUGAAGUAUGAAAGUGAAUUUAAGAAUGCUGUUCUGAAGGUUCCUCAUCAAGCGAAUGUCUGCAGUGAAAUUCAAACUUUUUCAGUGUUGAGUAGACUCUGCUUGAUCAGGGGGAUUCUGACAGCAAUUCCAAGACCUGUGCUCAAUAUACCAUUUUAUAUGAUGGAAGGAGAUUUGAAUGGCCAUCCAGGUUGUCUAAAUAGCGGUGACUCAGUCAAGACGGUACUCUAUGAUGGCAUUUUGCCUGAGCUGUGUAACUAUUGUGAAAAUCCUACUGAUAGCCAUUUUAACUUUCAUUCAUUGACUGUACUGCAGAUUUGUUUGCAACAAAUAAAGACAUCUUUAGUUAGUAAUCUUACUGAUACAUCCUGUAGUUAUGAUCCCCUCCCUGAGGAGAUGGGAAGUCGAAUACUAAGAAUUAUGUGGACUAACUUGGAUGAUCCUUUAAGUCAAACGGUCAAACAAGUGCAUCUCAUCUUUGAUCUAUUCUUAGAGAUUCAAUCGUCACUUUGCUGGUCAGAGGGUAGCGAGAAAAUAAAGUCAUACUUGCGGAAAAUUGCUUUUGAUCUUCUUCGUUUGGGUUCUCGCUGUAAAGGAAGAUAUGUUCCUUUAGCUUCUUUAACCAAAAGGUUGGGUGCAAAGGCAUUGUUAGAUAUGAGCCCUUCCCUGCUUUUGGAAACUGUACAAGCAUAUAUUGAUGAUGAUGUGUGCUGUGCUGCCACUUCUUUCUUGAAAUGUUUCCUUGAGCAUCUGCGUGAUGAGUGCUGGAGCAGUGAUGGUAUUGAAGGUGGGUAUGCACUUUAUAGAGGUCAUUGCUUGCCACCCGUUCUUCAUGGACUUGGUUCUGGGAUAUCAAAGCUUCGAUCAAAUUUGAACACUUAUGCUCUUCCGGUAUUGUUUGAAAUUGACCUAGAUAGUAUAUUCCCUAUGCUUGCUUUUAUCUCAGUCUGGCCUAGUUCAAGUGACAAUGGAGUUCUCUAUCCUGGUAAUAAUCAGGGUAGUAUGGAACUGAGAGUUGAACAGAAAGUUGCCAUUUUUAUUUCAUUGCUCAAAGUAUCUCGUUCACUUGCUUUAAUUGAAGGAGACAUUGAUUGGCUAGAGAAACCUAGCUUAGACGAGAAAUCUGUCCAUGAAAUAGAAUAUUUUAGUUGUCAUGCUCUUGUUUUUGUCAAGGGAGUAAAGGUCGAAAUCCUUGUUGAGUGGCUUUUAUUAGCAUUAACACAUGUUGAUGAGUCACUUCGUGUGGAUGCUGCAGAAUUUCUUUUCUUGAACCCUAAAACUUCUAGUCUGCCAUCUCAUUUAGAACUUACUUUGUUGAAGAAAGCAAUACCAUUGAACAUGAGGUGUAGCUCUACAGCUUUCCAGAUGAAGUGGAGUAGCCUGUUUAGAAAGUUCUUUUCUCGAGUACGAACAGCUUUAGAGAGACAAUUCAAGCUGGGUAACUGGAUACCACUUGCUUCUUCUUGUAAUAGUGAAAACUAUCUGCCAAAUGGAAGUGAGCACAUUAUAGCUGGUAGAGCGGAUGAUCUUUUCCAUUUUAUGAAGUGGUUAAGUUGCUUUCUGUUUUUCUCAUGCUAUCCUUCUGCACCUUACAGGAGAAAAAUUAUGGCGAUGGAUCUAUUUUUAGUUAUGCUUAACAUUUGGUCAAUUGUUCCUUCUAAAGAAAAGUUUAAUGAAAAUCUUCUUCUUCCUUAUAAUGAAGGAAUUACUUUACCCGAUUCAGUUCUUUUGUUAGUUGGAUCCAUCAUUGAUAGUUGGGAUAGACUCAGAGAAAAUUCUUUCCGUAUAUUGCUGCACUUUCCUACUCCACUUCCUGGCAUUUCUAGUGAAUAUAUGGUUGGAAAAGUAAUCACAUGGGCGAAAAUGUUAGUUUGCAGCUCACGUGUCAGAGAAAGUGAUGCUGGAGCAUUGGCAUUAAGGCUUGUAUUCAGAAAGUAUGUUUUGGAUUUAGGCUGGAUGGUCAAAGCUUCAGGUGUUGUUGUUUGCUUGGAUUCCCUAAAAAAAUUACCAAAUGUGGAUGAGGAAAUAAAAAAAUCAAACCAUCCGGUGGCAGAGUAUUUGAAAUCUUUGAUUGAUUGGUUGAAUAUCUCUGUAACUGAGGGAGAGAGGAACCUCUCUGAAGCCUGCAAAAACAGCUUUGUUCAUGGUGUGUUGCUCACUUUGCGGUAUACUUUUGAGGAGCUGGAUUGGAAUUCAGAUGUUGUGCUAUCUAGUAUCUCGGAGAUGAGAAGUCUACUGGAAAAGCUUUUAGAGCUUGUGAUGCGAAUAACUUCCUUGGCACUGUGGGUGGUUUCAGCAGAUGCCUGGUAUCUUCCUGAAGACAUGGAUGACAUGGUCGAUGAUGAUGCCUUUAUGCUGGAUGUUCCAAAUGAGGCUGAUGUGUCUAUGUCCUUGUCUGAGAUGGAAUACAGUGAGGAAAAAACUACAGUAAAUUUAAGAACAUCAGAGCAGAUUGUGAUGGUUGGCUGUUGGCUUGCCAUGAAAGAGGUUAGUCUUCUUUUGGGAACAAUCACAAGGAAGGUGCCUUUGCCUGCUGCGUCUGAUUCAGUCGAAUCUGAUCCCAGUGCUUCCAUUAUAUCAAGACAAGAGGAAGUACUUGAUUUAAGACAACUUAAAGUGAUUGGGGACCACUUUUUGGAAGUUCUUUUGAAAAUGAAACACAAUGGUGCAAUUGAUAAGACAAGGGCUGGAUUUACUGCUCUUUGCAACCGUUUACUCUGUUCAAAUGACCAAAGACUUUGUAAGUUAACAGAAUCCUGGAUGGAUCAGCUAAUGGAAAGAACGAUUGCAAAGGGCCAGACAGUUGAUGAUUUAUUGAGGAGAAGCGCUGGUAUUCCAGCUGCCUUUAUUGCUCUAUUUCUGGCAGAGCCAGAAGGUUCCCCUAAGAAGCUUCUACCAAGAGCUCUGAAGUGGCUCAUAGAUGUAGCCGAGAGGUUGUUGCAGAAUCCAAUUGAUACGAAUCAUAAAAACAGCAACUUCUCCAAGUUACCAUCCACAGGGUUAGGCCAAGAAACAGAAUCUGUUUUACCCCAUGAGACUUAUCCAAGUGAAAAAGCCUCUAAAAUUCGUGAUGAAGGGGUCAUUCCAACAGUUCAUGCGUUCAAUGUCCUUAGAGCUGCUUUCAAUGAUACCAACCUAGCAACUGAUACAUCUGGUUUCUCUGCUCAGGCUAUAAUUGUUGCUAUUCGCUCAUUCUCUUCUCCUUACUGGGAGGUGCGUAACAGUGCUUGCUUGGCAUACACUGCUUUAGUUCGGCGGAUGAUAGGAUUUCUCAAUGUUCACAAACGAGAAUCAGCUCGUCGAGCUUUAACUGGACUUGAGUUUUUUCACAGGUAUCCCGCAUUGCAUCGAUUUUUAUUGGAGGAAUUGGAAGUGGCUACUGAGUCUCUUGAUGAUGGCUAUUCUGGAAAUUCAAAAUUCAAUUUAGCAAAUGUUGUGCACCCAAGCUUGUGUCCUAUGUUAAUUCUUCUAUCCAGGCUUAGACCUUCUACGAUUGCAAGUGAAGCUGGGGAUGACCUGGAUCCAUUUCUCUUCAUGCCGUUCAUCAGGAAGUGCUCUUCUCAAAGCAAUCUACGGAUUCGUAUUCUUGCAUCUAGAGCAUUGACAGGCCUGGUGUCCAAUGAGAACUUACCAUCAGUUAUCCUCAAUAUAGCAGCCGGGUUGCCAGUUGAUGACAUCACAAUGAUGGCUCGUGAAUCAAGCAUCUCACUAGAUGCGACUGAAACCCCUCAACAUGCUUCAUAUAAUAGGAUCCAUGGAAUCUUGUUGCAGUUGAUUUCCCUUUUGGAUACAAAUUGUAGAAAUCUGGCAGAUAUUUCGAAGAAAAGCCAGAUUCUUAGUGACUUGGCAGAGGUCCUUGCACGUUGCUCCUGGAUGGCAAGGCGUAGAUGUUGUUCUUGCCCAAUUCUUAGUACGUCUGUCUUACGAGUCCUAGGUGAUAUGCUCAGUAUUGUUAGAACAUGCCCGAGAAGCAAAAGUUUCUACAUCAUCCGAAACCUGCUUCUGGAUCUAUCUACUGAGUGCUUAGAUGUGGAAGCCUCUCACGAAUUGUCAUAUUAUGAUCCAACAGUAGCAGAGCUUCGGCAACAAGCAUCUAUUUGCUAUUUCAAUUGUGUAUUUCAACCAUUUGAUGAAGAAGAUGAUGCAGAUCUUCAGACAUCACAAAGAUCUCGGUUUGCUGAAGAUGUGCCAGCCACUCUAAUGGAUUAUCCUUUUUCACAACUUCAAGAAAGGCUAAUCCGCUCAUUACAAGAUCCCUGCUAUGAAGUUCGACUUUCAACAAUGAAAUGGCUGUUUAAAUUUCUGAAUUCAACAGAAUAUUCUGCUGGGUUGUAUGACUUGAGUUGUCAUGAGAUUAGGACUGUUUAUCACUGGAUUAAAACCAACCUCCAAACCUUACUGACAGAGCUUUUGUCAUUGGAGAAGAAUUAUAGAUGUCUAUACUACAUUUUAAAGAAUAUUUUUGCAUGGAAUAUAUCUCAGUUUCAGAAGUUUGGCAAUGAGGAAUGUACUGAAGAGGUAGUGUAUAUUGGUAAGAUGGACUGUGGAUCCGUGUUGCAGUUUUGGGAUAAGUUGAUUUCCUUGUACAAGCUCACAAAACAUGCAAAAACUCGGGAAAAUACCAUUCGCUGCAUGGGAACUUGCAUAAAGCGCCUUGCUAUGCAAUAUUCAGCCUGCAUUGUUUCCGAUGCCACGGUGACUGAGUCUUCAAAUGAUAGAAUAUCAGAUAACUUGGCCAAAUUCCACUCCUGUAUUACCCUAUUCACUGACCUGAUAAGGCAACAUAGUGCUGCAUCAGAGCCGGUAAAUAUGCGUAUGGCCGCUGCAGAUUCUAUUAUAGCCUCAGGUUUGCUAGAACAAGCUGAAAUUUUUGGUGAUUUUGUGUUCAACAACCAAAUCCCUCUGGAGACUGCUAACUCCCGUUUUGAACAGAGAGAGUAUGUGAAUAUGUAUGCUCAUCAAAUCCUUAAUAUAUGGUCUACAUGUAUUAUGCUUUUGGAGGAUGAAGACGAUGACAUCAGGAAAAGGCUCGCAGCAGACGUCCAGAAGUGUUUUAGCUCGGAAAGAACUCCAAACCAAGUGGAGCAAGUUAUAGGAUCAAGUUUUGAGUAUCUAUCAUCUAUAUUCGGCCACUGGGUUCUGUAUUUCAAUUACCUUGCAAACUGGGUGUUGAAUACAGCGAAUUAUACUGUUUCGGCAGCAGACCCAGUUAGGAGAGUGUUCGAUAAGGAAAUUGAUAACCAUCACGAAGAAAAGUUAUUGAUCAGUCAGACUUGUUGUUUACACAUGGAGAAGCUUUCAAGAUCUAAACUAGUUGCUUUGUUGGACACCGAAUGGUUCAUAAACUAUUUGGUUAGCUUGAGAAAGAGAUUUUUCCGUCAGUUGAUCAAAUUUUCAGAUGAGCAUAUGAACAAACAUGGUGGAUUUGAUUGGAUAGGUGGUGCAGGCAACCACAAAGAUGCAUUCCUUCCACUUUAUUUAAAUUUGCUUGGCUUCUUUGCCCUCUCAAACUGUAUUGUGAAUGGCAAAACCGAGGUCACUAUGCAGCCUCUCGUCGCCGAGGUUGUCGAAAUCGGUAAGAUUAUUAUUCCUUUUCUUAGGAACCCUCUGAUAUCGAAUCUGUAUUGGUUAGUGAUUAGAAUACACAAAGAAGCCUUAUAUGUUAAUAGAGAUCACAGAAUCCUUGAACUUGGACAUGAAGCAAUCUGGGAAGGUUUUGAUCCAUAUUUUCUUCUCAGAUAAGUUUCUUGUAGAAUAUUUCUUUUAAUUUUCAUUUGAGUUAGAGAAUUUUGAUGGAAAUUACUAUUAUACUAUUUGACAAUAUGAAAAUGCAAUAUUACUACCCAGGCCAUUGGAUUUAUCUACAAUUUUCGCCGUCUAAUGUGUCAUCACGGG